UGGUGCAUAUGGUGCAUUUCUUCUCCAGGGGCGAAACCCUGAGAUGGAGGAAUGUAACUGGGAAACUCAGCCUAAUCCCUCCUGCCGGGAUGUGCACCCCUGAUUACCCCACAGGAUUGGCCGCUAUCUGCCUCUCCUCCUCCGGCGGGGCUUCGCACCCGAUCGCUCAUUUCUCCCGUCUCCCUUUCCUUAGCGCCGCUACUUCCAUAAGGAUAUAUUGCCUCGUUUAGGCAAAAAAGUCCUUCAGCUUAUGUGAACUAGAUCUUGAUCUGGCACACUGGAAAGCUCAGUCAUUAAGUCAUUAAGAAGCAGAACGGGAAAGAAAAACAGCUGGAAAUGUCAUUGAAGGCUCAGAGAAGGCUGUGAGUCCAGUUCAUGUCCAGUCCCGGAGCAGGAGGUUGGAAGGACCAGACAAGCGAAAGGAAAUAGCAGGGUGAGGGUGAGAGCUGGAGCCUGCCUUGUGCUUAGAGAGGAGGAGGAGAGCCUGAGAGCCGGGGCUGAGAUUGUCACCGGAAACUAAAAAGAGAAGAGGCAGUCCAGCAAAUCUUAUUCAUGAAAAAUUCCCCAAACCCUUCUAGUCAGUGGGAGUUUCACACCAAGAAAGGCCACAAGAUGAGUGAUCCUUGUGCUGGAUCCAGUCAGCAUGAUGAGAAAACUACUUGACUGAAAAACAGAAGGGGCAAGACUCAAGCAUGGGGAGGAAGAGGUCUACUUGUGGAGCAGGAGACUGCUGUGAAGAGAGGAACUCAUGCACAGCUGGAGGCUUCAGGAAAUGCACAAUGGCUUCGUUCCCUGUCUUGGAGCAAGAGACGCUGUUCCGGAACGGUACCUGGAGCUAUCGCAUCCCAGCCCUGCUCUACCUGCCCCGGUUCAGCAUGAUCCUGGCGUUUGCUGAGGAGCGGGAGGAUGUGGUGGAUGAACACGCCAAGCUCAUAGCGAUGCGCAGGGGCGUGUACGACCCCAGCACGCACCACGUCCAGUGGAAUAACAUGGAGACCAUUGUCACUGCACAGCUGAAAGACCACCGAUCUAUGAACCCCUGCCCGGUUUACGAUGAGGUCUCCGGGAAACUGAUCCUGUUCUUCAUAGCUGUCCCAGGAAAGAUCUCUGAGCAGCAUCAGCUCAGGACAAAGAUUAACCUGGUACGCCUCUGCUACGUCACCAGCAUGGACCAAGGGCGCACCUGGAGCACUGCCCAGGAUGUCACCGAUGGCACCAUCAGGACCGAGUACAAGAACUGGGCCACGUUUGCGGUGGGGCCGGGUCACGGAUUACAAUUGCUCAACGAGGCCCGGAGCCUGGUGAUUCCCGCCUAUGCCUAUCGUAUCUUGGACCCUAAGCAGCACCCCACCCCUCAUGCCUUCUGCUUCAUCAGCUCUGACCACGGCACAACGUGGGAGCUGGGCAACUUCGUGGGCGAGGAGAGCGCGGUGGAGUGCCAGGUAGCGGAGGUGCACACCUGUGGCAGGAAGGUCCUGUACUGCAACGCGAGGAGCACCAGGGGAGCCCGAAUCCAGGCCGUCAGCUACAACCAUGGGCUGGACUUCGAGGGAGGCCAGCGGGUUGAAAUGCUAGUGGAACCUCCCUUUGGAUGCCAUGGAAGUGUUACUGCCUUUCCACCUCCCCCUAAUGCCAGGUGCCAAGACAGUUGGUUACUCUAUGCUCACCCUACAGACCCAAAGGGUCGAAAAGAUUUAGGAAUUUACCUCAACAAAAGCCCUUUAAAUCCAGCACACUGGACAAAACCCAGCAUCCUCUUCAGGGGCCUGUGUGCUUAUUCGGAUCUGCAGUACAUGGGCGUUGGACCCGAUGGCUCUCCCUUGUUCUCCUGCCUCUUUGAAUACGGGACCCGCCGGCAGUGUGAAGAGAUGAUCUUUGUCAUGUUCACCUUGAAGCAAGCCUUUCCCUCAGAGCUCUGAGUCUCAAGCCUUUCCAUCAACGUCCCUCCAAACACCACCUUUGCUGAUACUUUUCACUGUCACUUCUCAUCUUUGAGCAGGAGGUUUUUUGUACUCCUGCUGCACACUUAGUUUGGUGUUGGCUUGAGGCGUCUGUAGAUUAUGAAG